AGGGUAUGAAUCUGAACACUCAUCUUUGUUAAUUUCUAAAAAGACUUAAAUUGCAUUUCAAAAGUAGUCAAGUGUUAUGUGAAGGAGAUUUGAGGAACAUAUGUUCCUGCUAAAUGUGUGUGAUCAUACAUUUGGGGUGUCAAUGGAUGGAAAAUCAUCUGAAGAUCGAAGUUUUGAAGAAAUUGAAAUACUUUAUUGAAUAUUAAUCAAUCUUAUUUUCAUUCUAAAAUCAUGUACUCAAAGGAAUUUUCUUUCAAUUACAUAUGUAAGUGCAUUAAAUUGAAUUAUUUUUCUAUUUCUUACUUACAUUUAAAACAGUUAUGUUUGUCAUUUUGUUUCUCAAAGUAGAAAAUAUUUUCAUGUAGAUUUUUCUUCCAAGAUUAUUAUUCCUUAGAUUUCAAUUUAGAACAUUCAAGUAAAAGAAAAUAAGACUCUAAAAAAGGAGGUCUCCAUGUGAAUUGAGAGAAAGAAACGGAAAUUAUAAAUUCUGUGGUGACAUUAAAUUUCAUUUCAUAAUUUUGCCAGCUAUAAUAAGGUAUGAUAUGAGAUUCAGGGUGGUACAUUUAUGUGCAUACAUGUACCUUGUAUCUCCAAUUGAAAAUUGAUUGCUUUAAAUCAAUUUCAACAUUAUGAAUAUCCUACAAAAGUAAAACAUAAUGAUUUUAAAGUUUAAAAAACACAUUGUUUCACUCCUGAAACCUUGACCUCACAUGGAUAUAUAUUGGUAUUUAGUGUUGGUAGGUUUUGGUUCUUUUUGGGUGGAUUUUGGAUAAUGUAGUGAAUUUCAGUUAGUUGUAGCACAGUAACAUGGAGUGAGCUUGCUUGCUUCCUGAUAUCUAGUCAAUCACUUUUUAAGACAUACAUAUUUUUCAAACUUGCAUUGCACAUAUUUGUUUACAUUUUUGGUAGGAGUGUUUUAUAUGCUCACUAUAUAUGUCAUCUUCAUAUAUAGAUGUGUAAUUGUUUGCAAAAAGAGGAGACAUCUAAAUUCCUAAUAAAAAUGAUAAUUACAUUUAAAUCAUAAUUGUACACUUCAUGUACUUUUUACAUGCAAAAUCAUUUCAUAUAAUUAUAUGGUUUUUGUAUUUUCUGUCCAUAUCUGUAAGUCUGUCUGUCACAAAGUCUUAAAUUGUGCAUUAAAAUGCUUCUCCUCCUGUAUGGAUUAUCUGAUAAACUUGAAACUUUGUACAAUGCAUCAUUGCCAUUUGCAGAUGUGCACAUUGUUGGGAGAGGAUUUAUUGUUAUCCUAAAAGUUAUAGUGGUUCGAUCCAAGAGGGAUGCGGGUGUAAAAUAGCUUGUGACCAUUUCUCCUAGUUGCAAACAUAUUGCAGAGUCUUGAAUUUUUAUUUUUUUUUUAUUUUUUUUUAUACAAUACUUCAUUAUCAUUUAAUGAUGUCUAGAUUUCUCUGACCCAGGAAUCUAAUAUUUUCCUAAAAUCUACAGUGGAUCAAAAACAAGUAUUUUAAGUGUUUUUUUUUUUUUUUACCCUUUAUUGAAUAAUCUUUGUAAAAUUGCAUGUGCAAAAGUAAAGAUGCUUUGAAAAUUCAAUUACAAAAUUAAACAUUUCACUGGUUUGUUAAGGUACUCACUACACUAAAGCUUUAUGACACUAUGUUACAAGAUGGCGAUUUAAAUGUUUUGGGAAAGUAUUUGUAUUGAUCGAUUUAUUCGUCUAUAACACCAUAGCUAAGUGGUUAAUUAAUAAAGCAUUGGGCAAGAGAGAGAGAGAGAGAGAGAGAGAGAGAGAGAGAGCAUUGGGCUGGUGAACUACAGAUCUUGAGCUCAAAUCCACCAGUCUUUUGUUCAUGUGUUGAAAUAAUAUUUUUGAAAAUCAUGUUUUUAUCCAAAUUUGCAGUUUUUGCUGUUUUUGGCAUACACACUUAUUGUAUAUCAUCAGAUCUUUUUUAAAAUAUUAAAUCUAUUUGUACUGAUUUGAGAAACUAUUUCCCGGUGUAGUGAGCCACCUUAAAUGUAAACAUAAAAAGACUCCAGUCUUUGUUUACAUAACACAGAAUGAAGGCUAAAAUAUUGUUUUUAUUCCUGCAUCCAGAAGGUUAAAAUUUUGGCUGUGAACACAGAUUCAGUUAUACUUUUCAUGUUUAACAUUUAAAAAAAUGAAAACAAAAUAAAAAAAAAAACAAAAAAAAAAAAAACGUAAACGUCCUGUUUGAGAAUUUUUCACUUGUAUGGAGACGUCACCAUUGCCAGUGAAGGGCUGCAACAUUUAGGUCUAUGCUCGGUGCUUAUGCCCCUUUGAGCAGGGGUGGAUUAAUAUUGUGUCACACAUUUAGGUAAUGUCAUAUAACUGUAAACAAUGUCUCUAGAGGAUUUGGGUGUUGCUCAACCGGAAAUGUAAUAAAUGAAUGCAUAAGAUUGGAUCAUACUUCUUUUUGGACUAGAACAUCCAGGACUGAACUUUCUUAGGGUCGAGAUGUCUGUUAACCGUUUAUUCGUAUUUACCUGUCAAAGUCUUUUUGACGCUUCAGGUAUAGGAGAAAGUACUUUGACUUCAGAAUGAAUGUGAUUGUCAGAGGGAGAAUGAUGGACCGAAGCAUGCAUUUUGUAAAAUGAUUCUUGUGUUGUUAAAUCUUCGAGAAUCUUGUUGGAGAUGUCUGAUUCGGUUCACGAAACAACUUAGCAUCAUCUAGCAGUAGCAGAUUUCCCCCAAUGGACGAGGACAAGAAAUCACCUCCAAAGAAUUACCAAGAAUAUUUGAUGCUGCAGAAUCUGCUGAAAUGUCAAGUCUUGCAGAGCGAGGAGGCGGGGAAACCUGUUCAUGACGAGCACCUGUUCAUCAUAACACAUCAAGCGUAUGAGCUGUGGUUCAAACAGAUCCUAUUUGAGAUUGACUCUGUUCGGGAAACAUUCGCUUCACCAUCUAUGGAUGAAAGUCGAAUGCUGAAUGUUAUCAACAGAUUACAACGUAUCAGUUUGAUUUUGAAGUUGCUAGUGGACCAAUUCAUUAUACUAGAAACAAUGACGCCGCUGGAUUUCUUCGAGUUCAGGCAACAUUUAUCGACAGCAUCAGGCUUCCAGAGUCUUCAGUUUCGUCUGUUGGAGAACAAACUUGGCGUCAAACAGGAAAAUCGUAUCAAAUAUAAUCAGCAGCAUUACAUGAAAGUAUUCAAUGAUGAAGAGUCCGUGAAGAUGUUGAUGGAUUCAGUAGAAGAGCCCUCUCUUCUGGUGCUAGUAGAAAGGUGGUUAACUAGAACACCUGGCCUGGAGCGACACGACUUCCGGUUCUGGCGAGCGUUUGAGGCUUCCGUUAGUCGAUGGCUGGACGAUUCAAUAUACAAACCGUACAUAGAUGAGACAGACCCGAAGACGAAGGAGAAUCUAAUGGCUGAAUACCAGAAGCAGAAGGAUUCCUUUGAUACAAUUCUUGACCCUGUAAAGUACAACACGUAUGUAGAGAGGGGCGAACGAAGACUGAGCCACAGGGCUUUUCAGGGCGCCCUUAUGAUUUCUAUGUACCGAGACGAGCCUCGAUUCCAUCAACCAUUUCAACUUCUGACUCUCCUAAUGGAUAUUGACUCCUUGAUGACGAAAUGGAGAUAUAACCAUGUCAUGAUGGUACAGCGCAUGAUCGGAAGUAAAGUUGGAACAGGUGGAUCAUCUGGUUAUCACUAUCUCAGAUCAACUGUCAGCGACCGCUACAAGGUUUUCCUUGACUUGUUUAACCUCUCUACUUACGUGAUCCCGCGAGAGUAUAUUCCAUCCCUAAGUUUGUCCAUGAAGAGGACGUUGAGUACUCUAUCUACAGAGGUGGAAAGUGGAAUCGAAGAUCAGUCGAGUAGUCUGGAGAGCAGUGAUCAGUCAAACGAUGACGCGUCCAACGUCAUGAUCACAAUAUAACAGCUGAGCUCAUGGCUGACUUACGUCGGUGAUGACGUCAUCGGGAAUAACUAAUAGUGUAGUACAUGUUAACACUGAAAUAGGUUUUCGUUUGUGUGCAUUCAGUUUAAUGCUGUAAAGAAACUUCUUCUUUGAAAAAAAUAUUGGCAUCGAAAAACAUCUUGACAAAGAUAUCAUUUGUAUUUCUUUCUUUUCUUUAAAUUACCCUUGCAUAACCCAAUGGACCUAUAUUAUGACUGAAGACCAAACACUUUUUACAUUUUAUUUAAUGCUGCAUUCCCACCAAUUGUGAAGGAAAGGAGUACGUGCAGCCAUGUUGUUAUUGUUUUUUUCCAACAAAUUCUACAUAUAUAUAUAUGGAAACAUUUUUGAUCAGUUAUAAGUAUUAUUCGUACUUGAAUAUUUUGAUGCUAUUAACGAAAACAACCUUCUAAAUGUUAUACGUAAUUGUGUUUCAUGACGUCUCCUGUAUUCUAUGAAUACGAUGUUAUUAUUACAGUGAAUGAGUAGUACAAUGUGUGUAUCAUAUAAAUACCACGAUACAAUAUUAUCUUUUAUCAAUGUAUACUCGGAUAAUUUGAUAUUGAAUGUUGAUUUGACCAGAUAUACCGUAUAUGCAAACUAUUCCAUUGUCCAAAAAUAAAUUUUAAGUAAUGUGAAA